CAUGAUCAAUAAAAGGGCGAGAUGAGGAGUUUGGCGCUUCUGCUGGGUGUGAAAGCUGCAUGCAUCCUCCUGGUGUCGUCGCUCUCUGGCACCGGGGCCGUCAACAACAGUGGCCGCUGGUGGGGAGUUGUCAACGUGGCCUCCUCAUCUAACCUCCUUACCAAUUCCAAGAAUGUGCAAUUGGUCCUGGACCCGAGCCUGGCCCUGUUGAGUCGACGCCAGCGUCGGCUGAUUCGGCAGAAUCCUGGCAUCUUGCACGCCAUCACUGCUGGACUGCACACGGCCAUAAAGGAGUGCAAGUGGCAGUUUCGCAACCGCCGCUGGAACUGCCCGACCACCCACAGCCCGACCGUAUUUGGCAAAAUUGUCAACCGUGGCUGCAGGGAGACAGCCUUCGUGUUCGCCAUCACCAGCGCAGGCGUGACCCACGCGGUGGCUCGCUCCUGCUCAGAAGGUGCCAUAGAAUCGUGCACUUGCGAUUACCGCCGCAGAGGUUUAGGGGGCCCCGACUGGCACUGGGGGGGCUGCAGCGACAAUGUGGACUUUGGGAGGGUUUUUAGCCGUGAGUUUGUGGACUCCAGCGAGAGAGGACGAGAUCUGCGCUACCUCACCAAUGUGCACAAUAACGAGGCGGGAAGAAUGAUGGUGUCCUCAGAGAUGCGUCAGGAGUGCAAGUGUCACGGCAUGUCAGGCUCCUGCACCGUCCGCACUUGUUGGAUGCGUCUUCCAAGUUUCCGCACUAUCGGGGACUUCCUAAAGGACCGUUUCGACGGCGCAUCCCGAGUCGUUUACGCAAACAAGGGCAGCAACCGUGCCUCACACCGAGCUGACCCUCGCCACUUGGAACCGGAAAACCCUGCUCAUAAACCCCCUUCCGCUAUGGACUUGGUCUACUUCGAGAAAUCACCAAACUUCUGCUCCUACAAUGGCAAAACUGGCACUUUGGGAACUUCUGGUAGAGCAUGCAACAGCUCUUCUCCAGGUCUCGAUGGAUGCGAGCUGCUCUGCUGCGGGCGCGGGUUUAAAACCCAGGCUGAGAGCAUCACAGAGCGGUGCAACUGUACAUUCCACUGGUGCUGUCAUGUCAGCUGUUUGAACUGCACCAGUACACGAACGUUACAUCAGUGUCUAUGAUUACAGUAUUACAAAGGAUAAAAAAGGGAGGGUUAUUUAGACAAAUAAGUGUCAGAACUUAUUAGGAAUGCAAUAGCUAACAAAGAAAGUCACAAAUAUACAGGUGCUUGCUAUCAAAUAGAAGCUGGAAAAGCUUAAACUGGCAGGGAAAUGUGUCACCAAAAAGUCAAUCAGUAAAUAAAUGCACAAAUAUGAAAACAGGGUAUAUAAAGAGUAGAUGCUAGCUCCUUUUCUAAAAUGCUCAAAGGUAUGCCUCUGAAUCUAGAAGAGGUGACGUGAGACAGACAGCCUCUCUAUAUUGUUGGACAUGCAUGGUAUUCUCAAAAAGGGUUAUACAAUGUAUUAUUUAUUUUACAAAGGUUUGACUUCUUUUACUUUAAUCUCUGAACGUGGUCCCAGCUUUAAAUGUCCCCACCACGUUGCGAUUUUUUCUUCAGAUUUCAUAUAUUGCUGCAUCUCUACACCUUCACCUCAACUGCCAUCUGCUCCUUUGACUCACCACAACACAGCCCAGAUGCUAAAUGACAGGGACUGCUACACGCCAAGGAAAACACAAACUGACCAACUCUUUCGAGGGACAUGGACAUGAAUGUAUUAUCUAAACACUGACUAUAAUAGCAUAGAUGUGAUUAGGCCAAAAUAAUUAUCCCAUAAUCUGCAUAAUCUAACUCUGAGGUAUGCAAUGAAAGAGAUACACACUUGAUUAAAACAAAAAUUUCAUACCGUGCAUCAGCUAAGAGAACCAAAAUGCUGUAAAUAUAAAAAUAUAUGAAUAUAUUUAUGAGGUCAUUGCUUGGUUUCUUAAAUAAUAUGUACCCAUCAGAGAAAAUGUAAUUACUUAAAUCAGUAUUUUGAUUUUGACUUUUUACUUUUUUAAUGUUGUUAUUUUUUUAGUACUUUAGCUGACAUAAUACUCUUACAAGGAACACUAUAGCACCACUUCUUGUGUUUUUGUCAUGCACUGAAUACAAACCUGUUUUGUUUUUUUUACCAGUGUAAAUCUAUGAAAAAAUAUAUUUAUUUCUAAGGAUUUUUAUAUAUAGUAAGAUGUAAGAGGCGCUGCGCU